AUGGCCAAGGCCCCUUGGGCGCAUGGGGCAGGGAACCCCACUCCUGACCUUACCCGAGUGGCGAUCGUUGUGACCGAUGGACGUCCCCAGGAUGGAGUGCAGGAUGUGUCAGCAAGGGCCAGAGCAGCUGGCAUUGAGAUCUUCGCCAUCGGCGUUGGCCGGGUGGACAUGCACACGCUGCGGCAAAUUGCUAGCGAGCCCCUGGAUGAUCAUGUGGACUAUGUGGAGAGCUACAGCGUUAUAGAGAAGCUGACCCACAAGUUUCAAGAAGCUUUCUGUGUGGUGUCAGACCUGUGUGCCACUGGAGACCAUGACUGUGAGCAGAUCUGUAUCAGCAUCCCAGGAGCGUACAAGUGUGCUUGUAAAGAGGGUUUCACGCUGAACAACGAUGGGAAGACCUGCAGUGCUUGCAGUGGUGGGUCAGGAUCUGCUCUGGAUCUUGUUUUCCUGAUUGAUGGCUCCAAGAGUGUGCGGCCUGAGAACUUUGAGCUGGUGAAGAAAUUCAUCAACCAAAUUGUAGACUCGCUGGAGGUCUCAGACAAACAGGCCCAAGUUGGCCUGGUUCAGUACUCCAGUUCUGUCAGACAGGAGUUCCCACUGGGGCAGUUCAAGAACAAGCAGGACAUCAAAGCAGCAGUCAAGAAAAUGGCCUACAUGGAGAAAGGAACAAUGACAGGCCAGGCUCUGAAGUACCUCAUUGACAGUUCCUUUUCCGUCAUCAAUGGAGCUAGGCCUGGAGUCCCCAAGGUGGGCAUAGUCUUCACUGAUGGACGGUCACAAGAUUACAUCACUGAUGCUGCUAAGAAAGCCAAAGACUUAGGCUUUAGGAUGUUUGCUGUGGGAGUUGGCAACGCAGUUGAGGAUGAGCUGAGGGAAAUUGCUUCAGAACCAGUAGCUGAGCACUACUUCUACACGGCUGACUUCAAAACCAUCAGCAAGAUCGGGAAAAAGCUGCAAAUGAAAAUCUGCAUUGAGGAAGAUCCAUGUGAAUGUAAAUCUAUUGUGAAGUUCCAGACCAAAGUAGAAAACCUCAUAAAAUCAUUGCAGCAGAAAUUGGAAGCUGUGGCAAAAAGGAUCGAAGCCCUGGAGAACAAGAUCAUCUAAGAUCCCAAAAUGAUAUUAUUUCCCUCCCUCCUAAUGUAACAAAACUAGAACUCCUUCCCUUAUAAAGGAAGGCAGCUCAGCCACAGUGCUAUGGCCGGCUUGUAUUUUUUUAAAGAGUCUAGUCUACCUGCAUUUGUUUAAAAGGGAAGUGUAACAGUAGAGCAGACAUUGUAUAAUGGCCAGAGUACCGUAUGUGACUGAGAGCUAGACCAUGCUAAUGUUUGUUGCAUCGUAUAGAGUGCAUAUAU